AUGUUGCCCAGUAGUGAAGUUACUCUGGAUGUGAAAAUCCAGGAGAACUCCUCUAUUCCUGGCACUACAGCUACGAACAGUGCAGCUGAACCUGUCUGCAAUGAAAAGCAUCCACUACUGUUUUUAACUUGCGAAGAUAUGCUCAGAUCUCUUGCAAGUGGCUUAGAUGAUUCUGAUGAGUUUUCCAUUGUGGUACGGAGAGGCUCAUCUUUCCAGCGGCAGCUAAAGAUAUGGCAACAGGAAUCAAGCAAAAAGUCCCCUGAAAAAAAUGCUGAGAGUGCACUUUGCAGGGGAAGAUGGCAUUGACACUGGUGGUAUGGCUCAAGAAUUUUUGGCCAAUUCCAUAAAGGAUAUAGGAAGAGAGUUUUUCCCUAAUGGUUCCCCCAUUGUCUCCAUGUUACACGUUCAUAAUGUUUUUUUUGACUUGUGGUUAGGGAUUGUCGCGGUGAGCCUCAUCCAAGGAGGACCUCCUCCUCAGUUCUUAAACGACAUCAAUUGUAACUUGCUCGUCAACCCACUGCAAGAUCUCAGUGACUUGCAACUAGACGUCCACCUGACAGAUCAUGAAAGGGCAAUCCUUACACAAGUAAGUAAAGAUCCAAUCGCUCAUCAGGAUGACAUACUGCAGUAUGGCUACAGUGGCAUAAUAGACACUGACCAUGUACAUGACAUAAUUGGCACGAUAAUGGUAAGCCUUGUAAGGAGAAGGUUGUUGCUUCUUAACGAGUUCAAACGAGGGCUUGAACUAUUUGGUCUAGCAAGUGCCGUAGCGUCAAAUGCUUCCUUGUGUAGGAGCCUGUUCGUUAUCGAGUCCAGUAACAUUACUGUUGAUGCUAAAUACCUGGUAUCCUUGUUAAAGCCUUUGUAUUCAUCAGAAGGAACCUCUCGAAGAACAGUUGAAGAAACCCUCAUAUAUAACUUUCAAGAUUUCUUGAUGGGGCUGGAAGACGAAAAGAUGACUGGGUACACUGAGAUGAUAGCAUGGAGCUCUCAUGAUUACCUUGAGGACGAAGAACCACAUCAGGAAGAUCCAGUUAACCAGUAAGUAGAAGAAGAAAACCCCCUGUUCUUCCAUUCUGCAGAACUAACACCAUCAGGCGUGUUAGGGUGGUUAACCGGUCAGAGGCACAAGCCAGUAAAUGGAGACGACCUUGCAAUCACAGUAAUGUUUAAUUAUGACUGCAUUGAGAAAAAUCCAAACCACAGUGUUUGUUUCCCAGUUGUCUCUGCCUGUGCUAAGGCGGUGACACUUCCAGAAACCAUAUGA